GGGAGGAGUUUAUAUAAAAAGCUCUCUUAGUGUUCGAAUGAAGAGACGCUCUGAACUCUACAUGGAGAAUCAUUUUAAUGAUCGAAGCACGGAAUGUUCCGCCAGUUUGGACAGCAACGACUGCCAGAGGGUAGACCAAUACGGAUUUGAGAGAUCAGAAGAUUUCAACUAUGAAUCCUAUGAGGAUCAGAUGUCCAAGCAUUUAGCUGUUGUUACUAGAAGGUCAAAGAAGUGGUCGAAACUAUUGCAGGGCACUGAAAAAGUGGAGAAAAAUGUGAAAGUGAAGCGCUAUGUGAGGAAAGGGGUUCCAUUUGAAAAUCGCACUCAGAUCUGGAUGGCAGCUAGUGGAGCUCAGGACCAGCUGGACAGAAAUCCUGGCUACUAUCAUUCUAUAUUAAAGGCUGAGCAUGACCCUAAAAUAGAAGAGGUUAUACGUGCUGAUAUGCACAGAACCUUCCCUGACAACAUUCAGUUCCGUGCCUCCUCCCAGCCAUGUUUACAGAAAGCCCUGUUUAAUGUACUUCUGGCUUAUGGACACCACAAUAAGGAUGUUGGUUACUGUCAGGGAAUGAAUUUCAUUGCUGGAUACCUCCUCAUCAUCACCAAAGAUGAGGAGAAGUCAUUCUGGUUAAUGGAUGCUUUAUUUGGCAAGAUUUUACCAGACUAUUACACAUCAACAAUGCUGGGGCUUAAAAUGGAUCAAGAGGUGCUUGGAGAGCUUGUCAGGAUGAAGGUUCCUGCUGUCUGGCAGGUCAUGAAUCGGCACGAUGUAAUGUGGACCCUGGUGGUCUCGCGCUGGUUCAUCUGCCUAUACGUUGACAUACUUCCUGUAGAGACAGUGCUGAGAAUAUGGGACUGCCUUUUUUACGAGGGAUCCAAGAUCCUGUUCCGUGUGGCUUUGACACUCAUUCGUCACAAUCAGAACCUCAUCUCACAGGCUCAGAGUCUCCCAGAAAUCUGCGAAUGCUUUAAACAGAUCACCCAUGGGGAGUACGUAGAGGACUGCCACACAUUCAUGCAGAAAAUCUUUAUGGAGCCAGGAGGUCUCUCUACAGCAACAGUUACUAAACUCAGGAAGAUGUGUAGGAAUCGCAUUAUUUCUGCCCAAAACCCUCCUUCACACUAAAUGGUGAACAUGGACGUAGUUUUGACAGCAUAUGAGAUGAGAAUCCAGUCAUUACUCCAGUCUUCAGAGUCACAUGAUCCUUCAGAAAUCAUUUUAAUAUGCUGAUUUGGUGAACAGCCUUUGUAAUUAUGUUGAAAAGCAGCAGCUGUGCUGCUUAAUAAUAAUAUUAUAUGGAUACCACGAUACAUAUUUUUUUUAAUAGAAAACCAAAAUAAUAUUUCUUGAAAUAAAAAGUAUAUUGAAACAUUAGAAAUCUCUUUACAGUCACCUCUGAUUGAACGCAUUUUUUUUUUUUUACUAACCAUAAUUUUUUUUAACAAGUUUUACCCGAAAGCAUUUAUUU